CGUGUUUUUGUGCAGUACCGGAAGCAGGCGGUAGUGAUAUAGCGGAACUCCUGCUUAUGUUCCGGUCUCUAUCGUGUCAGCCUCUGGGGGAAGAUGACGAAGGGAACAUCGUCAUUCGGUAAGCGUCGCAACAAGACGCACGCACUGUGUCGCCGGUGUGGCUCCAAGGCUUACCAUCUCCAAAAAUCAACCUGUGGAAAAUGUGGUUACCCCGCCAAGCGCAAGAGAAAGUACAACUGGAGUGCCAAGGCCAAGAGACGUAACACCACUGGAACAGGACGUAUGAGGCACCUGAAAGUCGUGUACCGCAGAUUCAGGAACGGAUUCCGUGAAGGUACAACCCCCAAGCCCAAGAGAGCUGCUGUUGCAGCUUCAAGCUCCUCUUAAAGAUUUUGGUUAAAUAAAUGUUCUGUUUAAAAAAAAAAACUAAAAAAAAACUUUGUACUCUUUAUUGCCACUUGUAUCACCAUUAAGAAACUACAGGGACAAACGAAGGUAACAACGUGACUCAGAGCAACUGGCAUCAUUAAUGGCAUCUGUUUGAAUAUUAAAGUGUUUGUCAAACUGCUUUUAAAUGUGGUACGUAUGGACUAUUUAACUACAGCAAUCUGAAACAUCUCAGGAAUGUCACAGUAACUAUACUGGUUAAUUAACAAAAAAAAUGAAA